UUUUUUUCGCAAACCCCCUGACGCUGUGGGGGGUUGGGGUUGACUGGUGAUGCGUCUGUUGCGCCUUUUGCAAGAUGGUGAAAGGGUGGGGGGGGGGCGCAACACUGGCAAGGCGACAAAACGCAAAUGAUUUGUGCCCAGUUUCGCUUUCCCUGCCCAAAACGACGCACAAAGGGAGAGUGAGAUGGCCGCUGGAUGGGGUAGGGAGAAGAAAUGGGCGAGAGCGAAAGCAUUUGAACAUUACAACAACACGCACACACAACAACAAAAAAACAAGCCAAUUGCACCUAACAAAUGCAUAUGUGGUUGCCUUUUCUUUUACUUCCGGUCGUCCCAAUAAACUGUUGCACAUAGAGCAAGAGGGGUGCGCAGCGGUUGGGCAGCAGUCGUAUGGGCUGAGGCCAGAAAGAGCCUAGGAGACGGGCCUACUCCCUCCAGAGGCCAAACAAUUCGCAAUACACUGGCAAAACUCCGUCUGGUUCCGCUCGUGUCUGUCUGUGUGCGUGUGUGUGUGCGCACAAAACAAUUGUGAACAGAUUUUUCCGGGCCAAAAAGGGCCCGGAAUGUCGAACCCAUUACUUCACCCAUCCUUACAUUGUCUGCCUGCCAAUGUAUGCUUGUGUGUGUGUGUGUCUGCUUUCCUGUUAUAUGCCAGGGCGGCACACCUACACACGCACAAGAUGGAGUUGACCCGAACCGCCGAACCACACGACGCAAUCAAAAGGAAAGGAGGAAAAGAUCUCCCUCGAUCCCCCCCACUCCCCCAGCGCACAAUCAUUCCUCUCGCCAUAAAAGGAAAAAUCCUUGCUCCGGAUUGAGGCGCUUGCAAAGGAAAAUUCAUUUCCAUUCAAUCCCACACACACACACAUACACCUCCAUCUAUGCAUGUGGGCGCCCACGGCAACGAAUGUCCUUUUUUGCAUUUAGCGACCCUUUCCUCCAUACACCUUCCCCCACCCCUUCCCAUGGGCGAUGAGUGUGGGUGUGUGCUAUUUUUGGAUGUCGAUGGAUGUCGUCCUUUUGGGUUUUCACUUUUCUGCUGAUUUUCGCCUGUAUUAUUAAUGCAGGCGUGUGUGCUUUUGUUUCUUCCACCAGCGCCAUAUCCUUGACCAGGAAUGCCCUAUGCCCCCACACACACACACACACACACGCUCGCAGUGUGUGCGCGCACAGAAAGAGAGAAGAUCCUUUUUGCAGCCCUCGGAGCGGUUGUAUUGUCCAGUGCGCGCGUGUGUGUGUUUGUGGAGGGUUUGCGUAGCUGUAAGUGUGUCUCUCGCGCGUCCUUGUCACCUUUUUUUUUUAUCACGCCCUCCCUUUUCCUCGAUGUGUGUGCAGCACGUGCGCGUGCGUACAUGUAACUAAGUGUAUAUGUGUGAGUGUGUAUGUGUAAUGGCAGGGGGAAAAAAGGUCAUAAAUAUCCUGAGGAGCUGGUGGCCAGCCCUGCCAAUGCUUCGGUGCAAUACCCUUGGAUGCACUGAAACUGGCAAAAACAGCAAAAAAAAACCUUUUUAUUUUUUGCAAAGAGCCCCCGGCGGCCUAAACGCCGCCUUAAUGUAAGCGCUUCCGCCUGCCGAAAGCAAACAGUUCGUCCUCAACAGCCAGCAUUGCUGCGGCACCGUCUACAAUCAAACCAUGCACAGAGCCUUCUUCUUCCACCAGGGCAAAACCCCCCCCCCGGGAGACAUUUCGGCCGGGUUGGGUCGAUGGAGGACGGGGAGGCGAAAACUACCGACAGACCAAAUCACUGUAAAACUGUUCCUCUAUUUUUAGGGCUUUACAGCAAGAGAGAGAGAGAGAUACCUCUGAUUGCUCCGGACGGUUCGGUUACGCUUCGCCCAGCCGGCAUGGAUUACCUGCCCUCGGCCGCAUUAACUACUAGGGUUUCCACACAAACAAACCGGGCACACACGGGGCUGGAGCCUGGAAAGCAAACAAGCUUUUAGGGUAUUUACCUUUUUUCCAGACGAAAAGCUGACCGCAAGCCCCGUGACCGGUCGCCAUGAUCGCUCACCCACCCGCGUAAAGGUUCACCGUCAACCCCCCCUGACGGUGCCGGAAAAUUGGAAAAAUUCAAUAGCGUAUGGGAUUGGGUUUGUCGGGGGGUGGGGGUAGUAAUGCUCGUACCACCAUCACCACCACCAACGAACCAUAUUGGGCCCUGCGCUUUACAAACGGACGCCGCUCGUCCGUUUUUCCUCUCCUGUAAAAAGGGAACUCUUGCUCUCCCACGCCGUCUUUCUCUCUCUUGCUCUCUCUCUCUCUCUCUAUGUCUCUGAAAAUUUCACGUGAAAACUCACGGCCAAAAACACUUGCGCGAUAAAAGGAACAACCCCCUUUCCCCCUCCUCCCGAAGGCAGAGUAGAUCACUGUUUUUCACGCUCGCGCUCUCCCUCCUUAUCUCCCAGUGCGCUUUGCUGCUGCUGCUGCUAGUGUGCGUCACUGGAAAUUUUGUUACUGUCACCGUAUAAGGUAGCGUAAAAGCCCUUUGCGGUUGCGGGCAGGACAAAAACGAAGGUGGCAAAAGGCGCGCUAUUCCACCAUUUGGAGCAUUCGUGAGCCGCAAACCGAAACAAACAACUCGACGACGUGUCACAAUCAACCGUCUCUCACACCGAUCAAAAAUUCAGUGAAAGAAAUCUUCCGCCGCAGCACGGCUGGCUGGCUGGUGGCACGGUGGUACCAUGUGAGGAUGUGCAUUGCCAGCACCGCCAGAGCAGUCCACUCGAACGCGACCAGCUGCAGCUUGCACGGGGUUGCGCCACCGCUAGGUUAAUCUGUUUCGUGCGUGCUCUGUAAAUCCCUUUUUACUAGUGCGACCGAUAGCGAAAAGAAGUAUUUCCCCUUGUUGUGUGGGUGUGUGUGUGUGUGUGUGUCUACAAUCAAACGUUUUCCCGUGAUAUAUCGGCCAGCAGUAAAUGGGUGCGCGCGAUGCUGAAGAUACAGAUCCAUCAUCAACUGGCUAUGCUUAGCCGCUCACUGUUGAGGCAGUAAAGGAAUCGUGCAAUUCGCACCCACUACUACUAUUACUACAACUGCUACUGCUACUACUACUGCUGCUGCAGCAUCACAUUUCCACCGCACACGAGUGCAUGCUAUUGUAACUAAUAUUAAGUCAAUUCGAAAUACGACCCGUGCACGCGUUUGCACCAACGGGAACCACCUUUACGCCGGCCCGGAAAAAAACACCAAUGGUGUUGCUAGCUGCGCCAGUGAGACAUUGAACACAACGGCGGCGUUGCAAGCAGCGAAGCAGCAGCAACAACACCUGAACCCCGGCCCGCACCGACCGAUUAGCGCCUGCCGACUAGUUGCAGUCCCUCUCAAGGCGGCAAGAUGAAGCAAAUCAACGUAUCGGUGGUGGGUCUGUCGGGCGUGGAAAAGGACAAGGGCCAGCUCGGGGUCGGCAAAUCCUGUCUGUGCAAUCGGUUCGUGCGCCCCAAAACAGACGACUACGCGAUCGAUCACAUUUCGGUGCUGAGUCAGUCGGAUUUUAGCGGCCGAGUGGUGAACAAUGACCACUUCCUGUACUGGGGCGAGGUGCGCAAAACGUCCGAGGAGGGCGUGGACUACAACUUUAGCGUGAUCGAGCAGACCGAGUUUGUGGACGAUGCCACCUUCCAGCCGUUCAAGGUCGGCAAGAUGGAGCCGUACAUCAAGCGGUGCGCCGCGAUCCGCAUGUCGUCGCAGGAGAAGCUGAAGUACAUCUGCAAGAACCAGCUCGGCAUCGAGCACGAGUACGAGGAGAUCGUCCUGCCCGAGGGCCGCUUCCUCGUCGACGGGUUCGUGUGCGUGUUCGACGUGAGCGUCGUGCCGAACCGGACGGUCGAGAAGCAGGUCGAGUUUGUGACGCAGAUCAUCAACAACAUCCUGAAGGUGAAGAAGCCGGUCGUGCUCGUCACGACCAAGAACGACGACGCGAACGAGCUGUACGUGCGCGAGGCGGAGAAGAUCUGCUCGCGCAAAGAGUACAAGGGCCAGAUACUGCUGAUCGAGACGUCCGCCCACGAGAGCAUCAACAUCGAUCUCGCGUUCGUCGUGCUGGCGCAGAUGAUCGACAAGGCGAAGCAGCGGUCGAAGGUGCCGUCGUACGCGGAGGCGGCCAAGCAGCGGAACGACCUGCUGAACGCGAGCACCGAGUACGUGACGCGCCUGAUCCGGACGCAGAUCACCGACCACCGGUCGAUCUGGAGCAGCUCGUCGAAGAAGCUGUCGAACCACCGGGAGUGGAUCGACUUUCUCGAGCUGUUCGGGCAGGAGGCGGGCCAGCGCAUCUUCCGCCGGCACAUCAAGAAGCUGCGCGAGGACUACCAGUCGAAGAAGCUGCAGAGCUACAUGGACUCGUUCGCGUGCGUGCUGCAGGAGAUGCUGCCCGACAUCAACAGCAUCAACCUCGAACUGGACAGCUUCAACGACUGGGCCUCGAUACGGAGCUACUUUCGCGACCACAUCGACUACGAGCAGUACUUUUUCGACGCGAUCGAGCGCGGCGGCAGCUGGGCGGAGCUGAGCGACAUGAGCGACAUGGAGGACGAGAACCGGAUACCGUUCGACAUACUCGACACGCCCGAGGCGGAAACCGUGUUCAAGAAUCACAUGAACGCGCUGCAGCAGGAGCAGAAGCGAUUAGAAUGGAAAAAGCAGUUCAAAAAGCUGCUGGAAGAAACCGGCUACGUUACGCCGGGCAAGCAGCUGUCCGAGGUGCGCGUCCUGUUUAUGGGGCGCGAGUGCUUCGAAGCGCUGUCCGAGCACGACUGCCAGCAGAUCUACGACAACCACCAGCGCGAGCUGGUCGAGACCGCUAAGCACAACUUCCAGGAGCUGCUGAUGGAGCAUGCCGAUCUGUUCUAUCACUUCAAAAACAUCGAACCGUCCGGUACGAUCACGCAGAACGACAUCAAGGAGAUAACGGACGUGCUGCAGGAGGACCUGCGGUACAAGCUGCUCGACCGGCUCGACCAGGACCGGAAGGUGAUGCUGUUUCAGCAUCUCGGCUUCGUGCACUGUCCGAUCCGGGAGCACUGCCCGGCGUUCCCCAACUGCAUGGAUGCGCUGAUCGAGCGGAUACUGAUCUCGAACCAAAACCUCCCGAAUCCACGGUUCGCGCAGAAGGAUGGCCAGCUGCAGCUGAACCUGAUCGUGAUCGGGCUGGACUACAUCGCGAACGAUUUCAUCGACAAGAUACACCAGAACUGCAACGACAACGGCGAGUACAUCGUGGACGGGCAGGUGUACGGGCUGAACAUCGAGACGAUCAACCGCGACAACGACUCGUUCUCGUUCGAGCUGCAGUGCAAGGGGCUGAUCUGCUGCUACUCGAACCGGCAAACGUUCCAGUAUGUGUACGAGGUGCUCGACCGGCUGCUGGUGGACAAUCUCGACUUCAAAGACAGCGUCAACAACCUGCACAUCGUGUUCAUGAGCGACGAGAAGAACAGCCAGAGCACGCUGCACCAGCUGCAGGCGGACGGCCAGUCGCUGGCGGAGAAGCUGCACUGCGUCUUCAUUGACGAGAACGAGUUCUACAUCUCCCAGCAGCAGACGAAGUUCAUCAACACGACGCUGAACAGCGUGAUCGACUCGAUCCCGUUCGAGGAUCUGAAGUACGGCCUCGCCCUGCACGAGCUGCCCGACCUGCGCAUCAUCAUGUCGAUCUUCUGCGGCGACCCGUUCUCGAUCGAAAACAUACUCAGCUCGAUGAUGCUGGAGCAGUCGUGCAUCAGUGCGGGCGAGCGCAACAUCAUCUUCGAGAUGUUUCUCGGCGACUCGAAGCGGCGGGUCGAGCUGAUCCUCUCCUCCUACCACGGCGCGAACGCGUUCCGGGACGAUCUGAUCCACGGCUUCAUACUGCUGUACUCGAGCAAGCGCAAGGCCUCGCUGUCGACGCUGAGCGCGUUCUCGCUCAACAUUCCCAACCUGCCGAUGCAGAUCGUGGCCGUGUCGGAGCAGGGCGGCGUCAAUGCGUUCUUCAACAGCGAGCUGUCCCAGCUGCUCAUCACCGAGGGCAACGGGAUCGCGGACAAGCUGCGGGCCCACUUCGCCACCGGCUCGGACGACGAGGGCCAGCUGAAGUUCGCCUCGUUCGCGCCGUUCCUGAAGGAGGUGUGGGACAAGAAGCCGGAGAUCGAGCACGCGUUCAACCUGGAGGAGCCGCUGACGAUCGAUUCGGGCGAGGGCACGAUGGAACACUCGAUGCACCAUCACCACCAGCAGCAGGUGCCGCAGCCACCGCCCCGGUACGAAAGCUACCUCAUCAACGGGUCGGCCACCACGUACCGCGGCGGGAUUGGGGGCCAACCGCCGCACCACGGGCACCAUGGGUCGCAGGCGCAGCAGCAGCAAACGCUCGCCCAUCCGCCGCAGCACGGUGGCCAGCAGCAUCACCAGAAGCUGUCGCAGCAGCUAUUCGACAACCGCUCGAUCAACUCGCUGGACGAUCUCGACAGCCUGAAGCAGCAGGCGCAGCAGGCCCAGCAGCUCCACCAGCAGCAACCGCACCAGCACAGCAGCAUGUACUACUACGAGGACAGCAGCGACUUCGACAAGGGCGGCAGCAAUCAGGGCUUCCAGAUCUAUCCGCCGCCGACGACGCCGCCAGAACCGGCCCCGCCGGACCACCUGCUCAUACCGGCGUCGAUACUGCGGCAGCUGAAGGCCGACACGGUGUCCCAGUCGCAGUCGAGCCUGGAGGAGAUUAACUCUGACGUCAGCGGAUCCAAGGACUCGAUCAACACUUACGACUCAGGCUGGAUAGACGACGGGUUUCUCAUCCAGAAGCAGGACAACAAGCAGAGCGAAGAUCUCUGGAAGAACAUGAACGCACACCACGCGUUCACGACCGGCCGCCGGCCGAACCAGUCGUCGUUCGCGAAGAAGAUACGCCCGAAGGGACCUAGUCAAACGCUGAAGCAGCCGGGCAAGCUGAACCUGAAAAGCUUCGCCAUCGUGAACGAAGCGAUCGCCCGCAUGAACAUUGGUGGUGGCGGCGGCGGGGGAGGAGCUGGCGGCGAUGGGGGCGCCUCGGGCGCGAACGCCGGCCUGGUACCGAUGACCGAGAAGGAGCGCAAGAAGGCAAAGAAGCUGCUGCAGCAGCAGCAGGCCCAGCUCGAGCAUGCGCCGCUGGCCGCACCGGAGGACGACAGCGAGGAGUACGAGGACGAGGCGGGCUACGAGCAGAUCAAUGACGCGUUCAGCGAUGCGGUCAACAAUGUGGCGAGUCAAUUAUUUACCACCUUUUCCGGCGGCCCCGGUGCCAACCAUGGUGGGCGCGGUGGGGGUGGCGGCGGCGGUGGAGCGGACAGUUCGGGCGGUUCCGAGAUGGGGACGCACAAAACCAAACUGCGACAGAGAAGGGAAAAGGAACAGAUCUUUAACAUACAAGAAAACUCCGACUCGGAAAGUGAUUCGAGCUCGCUGGAGCGCAAACGCUCCAACGAUGGCUACUCGAAGAUCAACCGCAAAGCGCAACCGCACAAACGGCAUCGCAAAAAACGCACCGCCAUCCCGGUGCAGCCGCCCAAGAUCCCGCUCGGCCCGUUCGGCUCGUCCGCGGGCGAUAUGAUGGGCGGGGUCGGGGCGAGCGGCGGCCCACUCGGCGGCAUGCCCAUCAUGUACCAGAAGCUGAAGAACGAGCUGGGCAGCGGGCUGGAAAAGCAGGACAAACCGUCCCAGGAGCCGGACGAAUCAAGCGUUGACAUCUCAUCCCCGCGCGACAACUCUCCUAUCUUUGGCGUGCUGCCGAAGGGAAGCGAUCGGGAAAAGCUGAUCACGAAGCAGAAAAAUUGGUUCGGCAAGGAGAUCGACCCGGCCGGCAAGGCCAGCAAAGAGUCGAAGGACGCCCGGGGCAGCAGCAAGGGUGCGAGCAAAAACUCAAAACAUAAUGGCGCUGCGGCAGCGGCUGCAGCGGCGGCCGCAGCCGCUGCACUCCAGCAGUCCUCGCUGGCCAGCCUGAAGCAGUCCGACAAAGUGCCGCUCGUGCCGCUGUUCGUGGAGAAGUGUGUCAAAUUCAUCGAGCAGGAAGGGCUCGACUCGGAAGGCAUCUACCGGGUGCCGGGCAACCGCACGCACGUCGAUCUGCUGAACCAGAAGUUUGCUGAAGAAUCGGAUGUAGAUAUAGAAAAGCUGGACAUACCGGUGAAUGCGGUCGCCACCGCACUGAAGGACUUCUUCGUGAAGCGUCUCAAGGGGCUGUUCAGUGCGGAAAUGAUGAGCGAGCUGGAGGAAAUAGCCGGCUCCCGGCCGCUCCAGUCCAUCACGAGCCUUAACAUGGAGGUGAAAACGGAUCGGAGCUGCCGGCUGAUCGCACUCCGCGGGCUGCUAAACAAGCUGCCGCCAAACAACUUUGCAAUACUGAGCUACAUCUUCCAGCAUUUUGUACGUGUAUCGGAAAACUCGAAGCUCAACAGCAUGGACAGCAAAAAUUUGGCCAUCUGCUGGUGGCCGACACUGCUGCCGAUCGAGUUCACCGACAUGAUGCGGUUCGAAACGAUGCGCCCGUACUUGGAGGACAUCGUGCAGACGAUGAUCGAUCAGUAUCCGUUCCUGUUCUGCGGCGAGGAAGCGUUCGUGAUGGUCUGAUGCGAGUAAGAGCAGCCCGCCAGCACCGUGUCAGCCGUGUCGGGAGGCGGGCAGAACGCUCGUAUUUAGAUGUUGUGUAGAGUUUGCACCUGACGGUGUGCCUCCCUCCCCCGAUUGCUGAUGCAGGGGAGGAUGAGCGCUGUUUGGGUGUUGGCUUCCAACUCGCAAGAGGGAAACUCACGCGUACACACAGUAUUUGAGAAUGAGGGGGAGGAAAACAAAAGUCCGAAAGGACAAGUCAAUAUUGUAACUGAAAAAAUACCCACACAUACACACACACACACACAUGCAGACGUACACACCAACACAUACUUAAAGCAUCAUAGGCUAGUUGAGGAAAUGUGCUAAACACCAAUCACUUGCAUUACUGCAACUCAUAGGAAAAAAAAAAACAAAAAGCACGCGAAGGGUUCAAUCGUGUACCCAACUCGUUGAAUGAUACAUGUUAGGGCAAAUGAAUCGGAAAGGAAGCGAGAGAAUAAAGCAACAAGCUACCCAUAUACUCAUACUCAUUGGUACAACCGCAUACAAUAUUUUAAACCAUACUCGUAUCAAUGUGUAACGAAACCAAUGUCCAUGCGAUAAUGAUGGAUGCAUUUAGCAAAAGGAAAGCGAACGGAAGACAGCAUGCAAGCAACAGAGAGAGAGAGAGAGAGAGAGAGAGAGAGAGAGAGAGAGAGAGAAACGCAAGCAAACAAUGAUUGUUGUACAUCUUUAAGAACCUUUCCUUCGAGACGCUGUUAGGAAGAAGAGGAAGAAGAAAAAACGAAGAGUAAAAAGAAACACUGAAACUAAACCCUCCGCUGCCGAAACGUUAAACGAUAAUAGGUUAUUUUUUGUCCCGCCCCGUAGAAAGGAGAGGUGCCGUAGUAGCACGUUUUUAGUUUUUUUUUUUUUAUUCUGUAUACAAAGCUUUAUCAGUCCCCCACGUAAAGACAAAAAAACACACACUCACAUACACACAAAAACUACUCACAACAUACUCCGUCGUUCAACCAAUGAUAUUUACCUAUUUAUAUAUUUACCGUGCAACACAAUAACCGAGGCUGAAAGAUUUUAUUAUACCUGUAAUGAUCUGUGUUUUACUUUGCAAUGUAAAAGAAACAAUAAGACGUAAGCGACCGAUUUGCCCAACAACAGUACAGUUACAUCGCAAACCGAGAACAUUCACCACUUUGCAUUUAGUUAGGGUUCGUUUGGCGCGUCUGCCAAACUGUAAAGACAAAAUUUGGUUUUUUUAGCUUUUAUUUAUACCAUCUCCUUCCCUUCCCCUUCCUGAAGCUCCGUUCCGAAACUGUUCCGUUUCCAACUAAGAAUCUAUGUGAAUGCUAAGUCGUGAAAUAUUCAAUAAUCGCGCAGACCCGUUUUGGAAUGAGACAAAAACGCGUAAGAGCGAAAGAGAAAGCGUGGUAGCGCAUCUGCAGUAAAGCUACAGUUAGUUAGGCGUAGAAAUUAAAAUGCACACACAUGCAUGAUACUAGUGCACACUCAUCGUUAGAAACCCUGCCCACUCACACAGACACACAUAUUUAUAUAUAUACAUACAUACAGACACACACAUACACGAAAAGAAAAACAUAAUGCUUAUGCGAGUUAAUGUGCAGUGUUGUUGCGAUUUAGUUGUUUGUACACACAGUUUUACUUUUGUGUGCUGGUUGAUGUUCGCUAAACGAUUUGCUUUACAAAAACAAAACACACACACACACAUACACACACACACAAUCGAUGGGUCAAUUUUUGAAGCGACACAAACAUGUACUUGCUUAAUGUGAAACCCCCUUGCUCGCUAGUGUUACGCACUUAGUAUAGGGUUUAAGUAUAGUUUGAGCGAACGCGCUCCAGAAAAUGAAACAAAUUCUAAGACGUUACACGCGCACAUACACACACACAAGCAGAUUUCGUAAUAGAUUCUUUGUUACAUUCCUCCUUCAUGGACAUGCAUGUGUGUAUGUGUGUGUGUGCGUGUGUGUGUGUGUGCAUGAGGAAGAAAAUCGCUUAAAGUAAAAAGAAGAAGAAAAAAACGAAAAAAAAACGAUAACAUAUUUUUGUAUGUAUUAGCUCUGUUGUAAAAUGGGUGGCCUAGGGUAAGAGGUGGUGUGUUAGGGAUAUGUAAUACGGCGAGAAAAGGAGAACGAAAAGGAAGAAGAAAAACGAAACGCUUCAAUGAUUUCAUCGGUCACUUCGCUCUACGCUAUUCGACGGCUUGUUGUCCCAAUCUGUUUGUGAGAUGUUGUGGAAAAGAGGCAUUUAAAUUCACACACACACACACACACACACACACACACACAAAUACAUUCGUACACAAAAUCAUCAUUUAGGCGUAUGCAAAUUAAGUAUUGGAACUAUGUUCAUUUUACCAAAAGCAAAACAACCUUAUAAAUACAAACCGCGAAAGCAACACGUGACAAAAUCGCUAACCCGAAUGAAAACCAUCGAGAUUUAUACAUGCCAUAAUGAGUUUACUGGGCCCGCCUGUUUGCUCCACGCGCGUUUGCGUGGAAUGUUUGACAUUCGAUUUUGGAGAUGCACAGCCCACUACAAACUACCAUUUUAAGCAGUCGUAAAGUUGAAGAGAAGCAAACAAAAAAAGCAGAACAAAAACCUCCCUACCGAAGAUUGUUGAUACAUACACGAACAAGUUCAGUAUUUUCUACCCUUACCAGAUAAUAAUCACUUCCCCCUUCCUUGCCCAGUGUGCGCCACCCGCCACGGCGGUACUACACGAAUCUAUAGUUACGCUACGUGCGGUCCGUUCUACUAGUAUUAAGCAAGUCGCGGACACGCCUGUGUCAUGAAUCAGUGAGAUCUAGAGCGGACGAGAGAGCGAAACAAAAUAGAAAACGAAAACAGUAAAUUAAGAAAACCCUAUGAACGUUACGUUAAGCAAGUCGGAACUAGCAGCUGUAAACGAAUCUGAAAAUUGAGUAAUUUUCCAAAACGCUAAAACGGAACCGAGCAGUAGACGCGGGCAAGAAAAAUAGAUUUUUUUUUGCAGCAGAGAGAGCGAGAGAGAGCGAGAGAGAGAGAGAGACAUAGAGAAAGAGAGAGAGAGAGAGAAAGAGAGAGAAAAUACUCAUCAGAAGGAAAGAAGGUGAUACCCGUGAUUAGAACUUUAUGUUUGUGUGUGUAUGUGCGUGUGUGUGUGCGUGCGUGUGUGUGUGCAUGUGGGUGUAAAAUCCCCCCCCCCCCCCUCCCCAGGCAACCGUCGUCGUUCCGUGUUAGUAAGUGUAAUUGAAUUCUCUGGUGUAGGAUUAUGUUCCUCGUGCAACAAACAAAACAACAAAAACAAAACAAAAAAAACGAUUCCAUUGAUAAUAAAAUGCUUGAUGUGUUUUUUGCGCAGCAUAGGAAGCAGAUUGGUAGGUGUGUGUGUGUGUGCGCGCGCGCCGUGCGAGGAGCGGGUAAUGCGCUACGUAGGAAGGGCGCGCGCUGGCGGGCAAAGCAUAGCUUAAGCACAAGAGUACAGCAGUAUCUUAACAGUUUUUCAACAGCAAAAAUCGCAUUACAGAUAGAGGAAAAAAGAGACGGAAACAGUAAAACGGUACCGACGAAACGAAAUUGGCACGGUAGAAAGAGUGAGAGUGAGAAAGUGGCAAGUGUGGAUGGGGAGGAAAGCGAAAGCGGAAUAAUGUAACCGUUCUAUUGCAAUUGAAAACCGACCUGUAAACAAUUAUGUGGUGAUAUAAACGUAAUUAUAAAUGGAUAUAUUAGGUAUACAUGAGGAUAUAUGUUUUGGUUUUAAACAAGCAAGCGAAGUAGAGAGGGGGGAGCAGAGUACAGUCAGGCUAAGAAUUGUGUGUUUAAGAGUGUGCAGCCGCGACGCAGCUGCGAGAAUGAUGCUACUCUGCAACAGUAAAACAAAGAAAAAACAGAAGCAAACAAACAAACAAAUACAGAACGAACAACCAACAGCCGUACUAGCCUAUGCCUGCAUGUGCAUGAAAAUAGAUGGAAAACCCCCCCAUUUCGCACGCGAAGGGCGAUGAUAAGGGCAACAUGAUGAUAGCAACACAAAACAUAAUGCACGCACUUCCAAUACAGAAACCCGCCUCACCUGUUCGUGUCGUUAACAUUUAGCCAGUCUUAGUCAUACACACACAUACACAUACACACAGACACACGUGAAUUACGGCAAUUUAAGCAGUGCAAAAUGGGCCAAAUUAACCCAACACUACUGCAUACAAUCUAGCUUUCUCGCGUACGACGCCAACGGAGCUGUUGAAUGUAUAUGUCCCUUUUUAAACACUUUAACGGUCUACGUGGCGCUACACAAAGCUGACUGGGCUUAGGGGUACGCUGCAUCACAGGAGCAUUGAAAAGACAUUGAAGCCCGAAAUACACACACACACACGAUUAUCCAAUCUGUGGAGUAACCUGCUGUUACGAAACAGCCUAUUGGAGGUGUGUGUGCGUGUGUGCGUGAUCGUGAAUGAAAGAGCAAAACAAAACUACCGGAAGAACAAAAGCCAGCAGAAGAGUAUUUUUAACAGAAGUGAAAACAACAAAAAACGUUUGUGCCAUGCCUGUAAAAGUGGAAAAGAAGAAAAAAAAAGAAGAAGAGCGGAUUGAUACGCUUGGAGAGCAAACUCAUCCCAAGGGAAAGAAAGGCGAAGAGAUGAGAAACAAAAAAAGAACAAAAAAGAAAGUAAACAAUACAACAUGUGCAAGCGCAUCCGCUGCUAUAAUAUUGUAAACGCGCCAUUGAUGCGAACGUGAUCGACUGUUUAGAUAAGUUAAAUGUAACUCACACACAUACACACACACAAACACACACACACAGACGCAUGCGAGCGCUCGCGGAUCGACGGAUCGAUGUCCCAGGUAGUAAAUGUUUAUUAUUUUAAACGCUUUAAAAAGGGGAAACACUCUAAAAUACUCACAGAAAUACACACACACACACACAUACUCACACCAGUCUCUGUCUCGAAGCAGGUGAAAAGACGACAAAAAAGCAACAGAUAAAGCGCAGUAAAAGCACGAUCCAAAAACAAACAAACAAACACGUACACAUAUGGCAAACCCCCCCCCCCCCCCCCCCCCACUUACAAAUAGAAAACCGCAGAAAACCGAAAACAAGAACGAGCAGGAGAGAGAGAAAGAGAUGGGAGUAAAAACAAAACAAAAUUCUACGCAAAACAAAAAACGCAACUGAUAAUUUGACUUGUGCAGUCUUUGUGUCCAAAAUGUGUCGAAAUGAAGAUGUAAUAAAAAAAAACAUAAGUAAUAAUAUUACUUAAUUAAUAAA